GAUUGGACAGAGAGGCACUAGUGGAUGGCGGAGACGCUGAAGCGGGUGCUAAGCCCCGGGAGGGCGGCCGGGCCCCGGGAGGAUAUGGCCGCGGAGGUUGGGCCACCUUUGCUGUUGCUCGGCGGUCCAGGGUCCGGAAAGACAGCGCUGCUAUUCGCGGCGGCCCUGGAGGCGGCAGGGGAGGGCCGAGGCCCCGUGCUCUUCCUGACGCGGAGGCCUCUGCAAAGCCUACCCCGCCGGACGCCGGCGGCGCUCGACCCCCUGCGGCUACAGAAGAUCCGUUUCCAGUACCCGCCCUCAACCCAUGACCUUCGUCAGCUCCUGUGCUCUGCCCAUGAGGCCCGGGGACCAGCCCCCUUCCUUCUGCUGCUUGAUGGUCUGGAGGAGUACCUCGCUGAAGACCCCGAGCCCCAGGAAGCUGCCUACCUGGCUGCCCUGCUUCUGGACACAGCUGCCCACUUCAGCCACCAGGUUGGGCCUGGCCGGGGCUGUGGGCUCAUUGUGGCCCUACAGACCCAGGAGGAAGGAGACAGUGGUGACCCCCUGCAGCUGUCGCUUCUCCAGAGGUAUUUCCCUGCCCAGUGCUGGCUGCAGCCAGUGGCACCAGGCUCAGGACAGCGCUGCUUCAGAGCCUGCCUGGAGCCCGGCGGGCUGGGACCCAGGGCAGAGUGGAGUGUGGCUUUCCAACCUGAUGGAGAGAUGACCAUCACCCCGUGGCCUGCCCAGGCUGGUGACCCCAGCUCAAACCAGGGUCCAAGCUCUGGAGGCCAGCCUUGAGCUUUGAUGUGUGACCACCUCUCUCUGCCUGUUUCACGGACAUGUACAGAUUUAAAAACCUAAAGAAUGUAAAGUGCCUUUUCUAUUUUCAAAAUAGCAUUAUCUUGUAUAUAUUGUACCCUGUCAACAUAUUGUUUAGUUUUGCUGUUUUUAACUUUAUAAAAAGAGUUUUAUUAGAAAUGCAAUCUUUGAGACUUCUUCUCCCCCUCAACAUUGUUGCUAUGAAUUGGCCACAUUUUUAGUCCAUUUCUUUUUUUUCUUUUUUUUAUUUUCACCCAAUGAUAUUUUUCCCAUUGAUUUUCAGAGAGUGGGAGGGAGGGAGGGAGAGAGAAACAUCUGUGUGAGAGAAACAUAUCGAUUGGUCGCCUCCUACAUGCACCCUGACCAGGGCCAGCCAGGGAUUGAACCUGCAACCCAGAUACAUGCCCUUGAUCAGAAUCAAACUCGGGACCCCUCAGUGGGCGGGCUAACACUCUAACCACUGAACACACCGGCCAGAGCUUUAGUUAAUUUCUUUUUCUCUACUGUAUAUAAUUCCAAUGUAUCGAUCAGAUUGACUUAUUCACUGCUAUGAGCAUUCUUGCACACAUGUCCUGGUGUAUGUGUGAGGGUUUUAGGCUAUAUACCUAGAAAGUGAAUUGCUGCAGCAGAAGGUACACAUAUGUUCAGCUUUCGUAAAUUAUGCCAAACUUUUAAAAAAUGGUUAAA